AUGAGCCCGUCUCAUAGCAUAGGGAGUAACAGAGGGAAGCAAGACUGGGAAGAGAACACUGGCAGGUGGGCUUAUUGCCGCAUAGAUGGCAUGCAUGGAGUUGUGGGACCAUACGUAAAGAAGAUCCUCUGUGAAGAACUUGGUGCCCCCGCAAACUCAGCAGUGAACUGCGUUCCCCUGGAGGACUUUGGAGGCCACCAACCUGACCCCAACCUCACCUAUGCUGCUGACCUGGUCGAGACCAUAAAGUCAGGAGAGCAUGAUUUUGGGGCUGACUUUGAUGGUGAUGGGGAUCUAAACAUGAUUCUGGGCAACCAUGGGUUCUUUGUGAACUCUUCCAACUCUGUGGCCGUCAUCGCCGCCAACAUCUUCAGCAUUCCGUACUUCCAGCAGACUGGGGUCAGUGGCUUUGCCCGUAGCAUGCCCACAAGUGGCACCCUGGAUCAGAUAGCAAAUGCCACAAAGAUCACUUUGUAUGAGAUCCCAACUGACUGGAAGUUUUUUGGGAACUUGAUGGAUACAAGCAAACUGUCCCUUUGUGGGGAGGAGAGCUUCAGGACUGGUUCUGACCACAUUUGUGAGAAAGAUGGACUGUGGGCUGUGCUGGCCUGGCUCUCCAUUCUGGCCACCCGAAAACAGAGCAUGAAGGACAUCCUCAAAGACCACUGGCAGAAGUUUGGUCAGAACUUCUUUACCAGGUAUGAUUACGAGGUGGAAGCUGAGGGUGCAAGCAAAAUGAUGAAGGACCUGGAGGCCCUGAUGUUGGACCGCUCCUUUGAGGGGAAGCAGUUCUCAGCAAACGAUAAAGUCUACACUGUGGAGAAAGCUAAUAACUUUGAAUAUAGUGACCCAGUAGAUGGAAGCAUUUCAAGAAAUCAGGGCUUGUGGCUCAUUUUUGCAGAUGGUUCUCGUAUCUUCAGACUGAGUGACACCGGGAGUGCAGGGGCCACCAUUCGACUGUAUAUUGAUAGUUAUGAGAAGGAUGCUGCCAAGAUCAAGCAGGGUCCCCAGGUCAUGCUGGCUCCCCUGAUCUCCAUUGCCCUGAAGGUGUCCCAGCUCCAGGAGAGGACAGGACGUACUGCCCCCACUAUCCUCACCUAGAAAG